AUGUCUAGCGAUGCUGGAACACCCUCUGUGGUAAAGAAGAGAAAAAGAAAGAGAUCAAAGAAAAAUGGCGAAGAUUACCUGGCUAGUGCUCCAAUAGGCCAUGUAGGAAAAGCAGAUCAGGAUGAACAUCUCAGCGAUGAAAGCUUUAGCAACAAGAAAAGACAAACAAACAAAAAGGUCAUAUUCAGAGAGGAGCCAGAACAUGACAAAGUCGUCAAGGAGAGCAUAAAAGAAGAAAAACCGGCAUUUAUAAAGGCUUCUCCUGAAUCUAAAGUAGUCAUGGAUGAGCUGACUUCUAAAGCUACCGUUGCCCCAGAAAUGAGGGCUUCCAAAGAGCCGUCUGGUCUUCCAGCUAAGAACAAGAAAAAGGCCAAGAAAGUAGUAAAAUACUUUGAUAAGGAAGAUGUAGAUAACUCAGACUUUGAGGAUGACCAAGUGGGGGACGAAAAGUUAUCUUAUGGACAGCUUAAAGAAAGAGCUGCUCUGUUACUCAAUGUUCGUGAAAAGCUUCCUAUCCACCAACACCAAGAAGAAAUUAUAAAUUACAUCCAGUCUAACCAAGUCACAGUGAUUAUCGGUGAAACCGGUUCAGGUAAGUCUACCCAAAUACCGCAGUACCUCAUGCCGUUAAACUCCAAGCAAAUUGCCGUAACGCAACCAAGAAGAGUCGCUGCAUCUUCCUUGGCCACCAGAGUCAGUGAAGAAUAUGGAUGUAGAUUGGGAGAUGAAGUUGGUUACCAAGUGAGAUUCUCGAACUUCACAUCGCAUAGGACCAAAUUGAAGUACUUAACUGAUGGUAUGCUCUUAAGAGAAAUCAUGCUUGACAAGAAGCUCACCAAAUACACCACCAUUAUUAUCGAUGAAGCGCACGAAAGAACGAUAUUAACAGAUUUAAUCAUGGGUUUCUUGAAAGAGUUGCUUGUGAGUGGAAAGAGGAAAGACUUGAAGCUUGUGAUUAUGUCUGCCACAUUGAACGCUGAGCUUUUCCUGAAGUUUUUCGACCACGCUCCUGUCUUGUUUGUAGAGGGAAAGAUGUACCCUGUACUGAAGCAUUAUCUUCAAGAAAACGUAGAAGGCGAAGAAAUUGUAGAUACCAUGGUGAGAACUAUAGUUCAAGUCAACAUGAGUGAGCAAGAGGGUGAUAUCUUAUGUUUCUUACCAGGACAAGAAGAAAUUGACAAUUGUGUUUCAAUCUUACUGCAAAUUGCUCCACAUUUACCAAAAGAAGCGCCUCAUAUUGUUGCACUCCCAUUGUAUGCUGCUCUUUCUCCACACCAGCAACAAAAGAUCUUUCAAAAAUUAAAGGGUGGAAGAAAAAGAAAAGUGAUUUUAGCAACGAACAUAGCUGAAACGUCCAUUACAGUCAGCGGAGUGAAGUACGUUAUAGAUCUGGGUCUCAGAAAAAUCAAAGUAUGGAGGCACCUGCUUGGUCUUUCCACGUUGCUAACUACCCCUAUUUCUCAAGCUUCAGCAAAGCAGAGAGCUGGUAGAGCUGGGAGAGAGAGCGUAGGUAAGGUGUUCAGAUUAUACCUGGAAAAGUUAUUCUUGACUAAGCUCCCUAAACAACAGGAAUCUGAAAUCAUGAGAAAUGAUAUUAUAUUACCAAUUUUGGCAUUGAAGAAGCUUGGAGUCGACGAUUUAUUAAACUGGUCAUGGCUUGAGCAUCCAGGUAAAGAAGCCAUUUUAAGUGCACUUUCGACUUUGUAUUCUUUGGGUGCUUUGAAUGACCUGGGGAAGAUUACUGCCAUAGGUUACAAGAUGGCAACCUUACCCUUGCCCCCACAGCUUUCUGUAGUUUUAAUUACAGCGUUUGAGAAGGGUGUAUUAAACGAUGUUAUCGACAUCGCCGCCUGCUUGUCGGUUGAUAACUUGGUAUUAAACGUUUUCACUGGAGGGGACACUGAGUCUAGAGACGAAGUUAACUUUAAGAGAAGGCAAUAUUGCCCCAUGGGGAACAAAUCUGGAGAUUUGAUUGCAUUGAAGGAAUACUUCAACUAUUUCAUGGAGUUGAGUAGGUCCAGGGACAGCAUGGAUGAAGUUAAAGAUUGGUGUAAAGAAAUGCAUUUUAGUUACAAGGGAUUCAAGAAUGUCUUAAAGGUUAGAGCACAAUUGAAAGAUUAUAUGCUUUCAACUAUCCGUCAAGAUGACUCGUUGAAUGAACGAGAGAAAGAAAAGCAACUCAGAAGUUUGAGGUCGCAAUUGGACACUACAGCUAAGACAAAUGGCGAUAAUAGUGAUGACGAGGAUUUCGGUCUAGUUGAAGGGAUGGAUAUUCCUAACAUUUUGAAGUCAUUCUUGAAAGGUUACGUUACCAAUUCUGCUAUAGGAAUGCCUGAUAGAUCAUAUCGUACAGUGACUACUGGUCAGCUUAUCAGUAUCCAUCCGUCAUCCAACUUAUUUGGAAAGGUGAAUUUGGAUGCAGUUAUGUACAUGGAGUAUGUAUAUACUACCAAAGGGUAUGGUAGAAAUUGUUCGGUAAUAGAAUUAGGAUGGUUACAAGAGACUUCUCCGCAAAUGUUGGGAGCAGCAAAGGUGCAUAUAGAAGAGUAG